AAACAAUAUUUAAAGGUAUUUUCGUCACAAGGUACAAGGUUAAUCGAUCCCUGAGGCAGAUAGAUUGAAUCAUUAAACGAAGAGCGAAACUGAACCCAGACAAAGUGCUCUACAAAUCAUACUUCAGAGUUCAGAUGGUGUAGUCGUCACCUCAAUUUCAUGGACGACCUUCCUCCGGCUAUUGUUCUCGAAAUACUGAAUCGACUGAAUGAUUUCGUCGAUUUAGCUCGCUGCAGACUCGCUUCCAAGACCUUGAACGCCCUAUCUUAUGAUGUUCGAUCUUUGAAAAUUCUCUGCUCAUUCGAUCGAUAUCUGAAAUCAAAGGUACCCGCAACCAAAAGCUCGAUUACUCCCUUCAAAACGAUAGUUAAGAAUCUUGUCUUGAAUUUGAGAAAUAUUGAAUUCAUUACCAUUGGCGUUGAAAAACCAUUUCGGGGGAUACCCGACGACGACGCCGACGACGAAUCCGACGAUCUCUACCUUACGACGGUUAAUUUCGUGUCUCAAUGGUUGCCGGCUAUCUCAGGACAGUUGAAAUCUCUAGCAAUUUCGGAUUUUUGGAUCCAAUCUUGCUGGCGACGAUCCGAAGUUCUGUCUCUGAUUUCUUCAUAUUGCCACUCCCUUCUCGAAUUGGAGGUCAAGAACGCUUGGCUGUCGGUGGAGGGCUUGAAAUCAAUGCAGGUGCUCACAAGUUUAACACUAGAAUUUAUAAGAUUGGAUGAUGAAGACCUAGACAAGGUGAAUGAGUGCUUCCCCUCACUGCAAGUUCUUAAUUUGAUCGGCGUUGGAGGGCUUAGAAACCCUAGAGUUCAUCUGCUGCAGCUCAAAAAAUGCCGUUGGACUGUAUCCAAUGCUCCACUGUCUCUCACUAUUGACGCCCCUAACCUUGUGGAGCUCGACCUGAAAUGCGUUAAACCCGACUCUCUAGUGAUUGAAGCCCCAUUGUUGGCUGCUCUUAACCUUUCAAUUGAGAAGGCAGCCAACUUUGGUGUGAAAUGCUUACCUAAUUUGACGUCUCUUCAGAUUGAAUCUACUCAUCUCUCCACCAUUUUAGUGGGGUUUCCAGAUGGCAAAACGGUUGAGAAGCUGGUGGUGGAUUCACCCAGAUGCGCCAACAGUGUUGAUGUCCUAGGGAAGGUUGACUUCGACGCAUUGAUGGGUACUUUUCCAAAUGUAAGGUCUCUUACAUUGGGGCCUGGAGCAUGGUCGGAAUUGGAGGUGGGUUUUAGCAUCGGAGGCUUGGAAGGUGGGUUUGGAGUGAAGGCUUUGCAACAAAUAGUGGUACAUUUAGAGGUAACUAAUUACAGGAUUACAGGUUCUUUCAUCUCUUCUAUAUUGGGCCGAUGUCCUAACUUAUUAGAUGUGGUUCUCAUCGUCGACUCUUGCGUUGAGUCUGAGGUUGUGCGCAACCUCAUGUCCAUGUGCAUAGUUGAGUGUCCCAGGGUUAGAUGGAGACUAGAGCAUGGAAAAAGUGAUCAAAACAUAAUGGGCUUCUAAUGAAUCCAGAUUUAGAAGCAGUCUAUCUCUGAAAGUAAGGGCAGAACGAGGAGUUGUCUUAUGGUCAUUCUGCAAUUGCAAUUUGAUGCACUAUUUUGGGGUUGAAUCAGUUCACAAAUUGUCUGCUUGGACAAGUGGGACAUUGCAUCUCCUUGGACAAAUGAAGUGUAUGGAUUAGAUUGUUGCAAUUUGCAAAAGCCAAUAACGUACCAGGUUGAUGAACUUUUUGACACAGAGAACUGGGUAGAAGUUAUUGGAUCAUUAUAUGGUUGGCCACCACCUCAUGUUGUAUCCUGUGUCCUGGUAUUUGUACAAUGAUGUUGCAGUCUGUAAAUGCCUAAAUUGAAUGUGCCAGUGUUUGAAUGUAUAAGAAAGAUCUAUGUACAUUUAUGUGUUUUGAUUAUGUAUGUAUGACAGAUCCAAUUAAUUGAAACUUAGUUCAAUAAUUGAUAAAAAAAAAAAAAAACUUAGUUCAAUAAAACAUUGAAACUACUUGGUUGUUUCCUUUA